CCGUGUGCCGUUCGUAGAUCAUCAAUCAGUGAUGCGGUUGAAUGCCGAAUGGUUCUCCGUCGUCGUAUCGUUUGUCAAAUUCUGCGCUGAUAAAAAAAAAAAAUAAAUAAUAAUAAUAAUCUAAUAUCAUAGAAACAACUCUCGACGGUCAGUCGUCACUGAUCACUAUUAUUGUAUAACGCGUGUGUGUUUGCGGCGUGUGCGGCUGUCGUUCGCGUAUGAAGCUUAGCUGAUAUCUAGUCUCAUUUACCUUUAAAUAAUCAUUGUAAAUUGUUAAAUAUAAGUAUUACUGUGGUAAUCGAAUAAUCUGACGUCCGAAGUACUAAUUAUAACCUAAUAAUAUUAUUAUACAUCCACACACACUAUGGCCGAUGAAGACUUGCCACACGCCAAUGGCAACGGGCUCGAAGAAAAUGGACAUGUGCCGGAAAUUGAGCUCAUCAUUAAGGCUUCAACAAUUGACGGUCGACGAAAAGGAGCAUGUCUAUUUUGCCAAGAAUAUUUUAUGGAUCUAUAUCUACUUGCCGAGCUAAAAACCAUCAGUCUUAAAGUCACUACAGUCGACAUGCAAAAACCUCCUCCCGAUUUCAGGAGUAACUUUGAUGCAAAUCCUCCGCCGAUUUUAAUAGACAAUGGAAUGGCUGUCUUAGAAAAUGAAAAAAUCGAAAGACAUAUCAUGAAGAACGUGCCAGGCGGAUACAAUCUAUUUGUACAGGAUAAAGAAGUGGCCACGCUGAUUGAAAACUUGUACAGUAAGCUGAAGCUGAUGUUAUUAAAAAAAGACGAUGUAAGCAUAAAUAGCCUGUUGUCUCACUUGCGUAAGAUAAAUUUGCAUUUAGAAAAGAAGAACACACGGUUUUUGACCGGUGACACAAUGUGUUGUUUCGACUGCGAGUUGAUGCCCCGUCUACAACACAUCAGAGUAGCUGGUAAAUACUUUAUGGACUUUCAAAUGCCGACUGACCUGAGGUACCUGUGGCGUUACAUGUUGCACAUGUACCAGCUAGACGCGUUCACCCAAAGCUGUCCAGCCGACCAAGACAUCGUCAACCAUUACAAACAACAGCAGAAUCUCAUGUUACAGAACGUCAAGAUGAAGAAACACGAGGAACUGGAGACGCCAACGUUCACCACGUCCAUACCGGUGGAGCUCGACUUGCAACAAGACGAAUAGAGAUGGCUGUGGCCUGUGGGUAUGGUAGCUACGUAGUACAUACGUGCGAUAAUACCAUCGCCUUAAACAAUCUAUGUACUGAUAUGUAUGUAUAUAUACUCAGUGAUGUAACACGACGAUUCUCCGUCCUCUCGUCAUCCGCAGCUGCAGUACACAGCAUAAUAUUUUACGAGUAAAUACAUAUUAUUAUUAUUAUUAUUAUUAUUACUACUAUAGAAUGUCACGAUGACAUCACCGUGCAGUAUAGACAACAUCUUUUCCACACGUAAUAUUAUACUGUGUGUGCAACGUGCGGUAUGUACAGAGUGAACUGCAGCUAAAGUACACCUAUAUAUUAUAAUAAUAUUAUUAUCAGUACCUAGGUACACAUUAUAUUAUAUCCGC